UCGCUCAUGAACAUUUCUUCGUUCAUACACGGACGGACAGCAGACAGAGGCACACUCUCCUCCUCUCCUCCGGUCCUCCUUCCUACGCUCCCCCAUCUCUGUCUUCCCAUCCAUCAUCCAUUCGCCUGCGUCUUUUGGAUACCUUCCUCUCCUGUAGCGCUGCUGGGUCAGUCCUCCCUCCACAUGUCAUCUCCCACGUGGUCCGUGUGAAGGCUGGAACGAUGCCUGGCUGAAAGGCUCGCAGCAGCGGUCAUCUUGCAGCCGAACGAGGCAGGAUCGCAGUCUGGGGGAGAGCUUGGUGCUGCAGGCUUCUUGGAGCGCGGCUCUGCGUAAUGGAUUUGCUGUUGCCGGAGAAAAGUUGGAUUUUGUGAAGAGCCGCGUGGAGCCUUACGAUGGACAGAAUAGGAGGGCGUUUUUAGAAAAGUGCUUUUGGGUUUGGAGUCACACCGGGAGAGGAGAUGCACAGAGUGUGGAUAAUCUUCUUUUUAGUAGAAGAGGGUUUGGCUCUGGCACAGAGAACUAAAGAUUCCCCAAAUGAUCAUGGCAGCCAGAGCCCUAACCAGAAUGACUGUGGCACAUGGGUCCGCAACAUCAAUGGUGGGGUUUUCACGUCACCAAACUACCCCAACACCUACCCUCCCAACAAGGAGUGUGUUUACAUCCUGGAAGCUCUCCCUAGACAAAGGAUUCAGCUGGCUUUUGAUAAGAAUUAUUACAUCGAGCCAUCGUUCGAAUGCCGCUUCGAUCAUAUCGAAAUACGCGAUGGACCAUUUGGGUUCUCGCCGCUCAUCGAUCGCUUCUGUGGGGGAAAGAAUCCAGGUCUUGUCACGUCCACGGGACGUUUCAUGUGGAUCAAGUUCACCAGCGAUGAGGAGCUAGAAGGCCUCGGCUUCCGCAUCAAGUACACCUUCAUUGCAGACCCUGAUUUCCAUCUGCACGUGGGUGGACUGCUAAACCCCAUCCCAGAUUGUCAGUUUGAAAUUGGUGGAUGGGAUGGAAUUAUUCGCUCCAGUCAAGUGGAAGAGGAAGAGCGAGUGAAGCCUGGUGAUGCUCUGGACUGUAUCUGGACCAUCAGGGCUCCUCCUCAGUCCAAGAUUUACCUGCGCUUCAUAGACUACCAGAUGGAACAUUCUAAUGAGUGCAAGAAGAAUUUUGUGGCCGUAUAUGAUGGCAGCAGCGCCAUAGAGAACCUCAAGGCAAAGUUCUGUAGCACCGUGGCCAAUGACGUAAUGCUGGAUAAUGGUGUAGGAGUAGUGCGAAUGUGGGCUGAUGAGAAGAGCCGACUGAGUCGGUUCCGCAUGCUCUUUACAUCAUUCAUUGACCCUCCCUGUACAAGCAGUACGUUCUUCUGCCACAGCAACAUGUGCAUUAACAACUCCCUGGUGUGCAAUGGGGUUCAGAACUGUGUCUACCCAUGGGAUGAAAACCACUGCAAAGAGAAACGAUCUAAGGGGCUUUUCCAUCAGAUCACGAAGACCCAUGGCACUGUUAUUGGUGUCUCAUCAGGCAUAGUUCUUGUUCUCCUUGUCAUCUCGAUCCUUGUUCAGAUGAAGCAGCCAAGAAAAAAGGUUGUAGCUCGGCGGCCUGGUGUUUUCAAUAAGGCUGGAUUCCAGGAGGUCUUUGACCCACCCCAUUAUGAGCUCUUCUCUCUGCGUGACAAGGAGAUAUCCUCAGAUUUAGCUGACCUUUCUGAAGAGCUGGACAGCUUCCAUAAGCUGCGGCGCUCCUCCACCAUGUCCCGCUGUGUCCAUGAGCACCACUGCGGUUCACAGGCCUCUGUGACUACUGGUGGCGGCAGCAUGAAGCACAGUCGUACCACCCUGAGCUCUAUGGAGCUGUCCUACCACAAUGACUUCUCCAAGCCGCCACCCAUGAAGACUUUCAACUCCACAGCAAGCUACAAGAAGAGCUGCUAUGGCUAUAAGCAGCACUCACAGAAUCAUGACUGCGACCAGCAGGUCAUUGAGGAUCGUGUCACAGAGGAGAUUCCAUGUGAGAUUUACGGGCGGGGUGCAGUAGGAGUGACAGGAGGAGCCACGGGUGGAGGAGCAAUGGGAGGAGGUGCAAUGGGAGGAGGUGGAAUGGGAGGAGGAGGAGGACCAUCAGGAAUUGCAGGAGGAGGAACUGGAGGAGCGAUGGGGAUAACGGGAGGAGUGGCAAUGGGCGGUGGGACGGGUAUGGCAGGAGGAGUGAGCAUGGCAGGGCCUAGUGGCAUCGCUGGAGGUAUUGGUGGUGGGAUGACAGGAGUCUGUGGAACCCUCAGCAUCCGUGGCAACAGUGCUCGUAACAGCACCACCAUAGUUGACCCACAACAGCGCUCCAUGUCCAUGGACUUCUAGAUGGAGAAGAAGGGGGAAACAGGAAAAAUCGAAUGCAGGCUGACCUAGCAUUUCACACAUAAAACGAAGAGAAGACAAAAAGACAACACUCCUAAACUGAUAACUCCUGCUUCCUCUUCUGUCAUUGGUCUUCAAGCACUAUUGACAGUAUUGCAGUUUAACACUUAAAGACUUCUCUACUACUCAUGUGGAGGUUUGAGAAGUAUGGGAGAUGAAAGUUGGGAUACCAUGAGAAAAAAAACUAAGGAAACUACUGGUUCUGGUCUUCAGAACUUUGAAGGAUUUAGAGUGAAGUGUGGAGACAUCUUGUCUCUUCUCCAUUCUUAUACUUAUUAAAUUUUUCCUUCCAUCACAGACUAGUUGGACAAUGUUCUCGCAUGCCGACCCAGACUCCUCUCUUUUUGGUGACAGGAAGCGAGAGAGAGACAGAGAGAUGUUAUUGACUGUGUUUUUGCAUUUAUUCACCUGUCAUGCACAGAUAUAUGGCAUAUAAUCUAUAGUGCGUCUUCUAAUAAUUCAUUUGAGUCAUUAUUUUUGUCGGUGUACUGUACUGUUAAAAUCAGUAUAUAUCCAGCCUCAUGAUGAUGCUUGACUUUUAACUCUUUAAUCUUUUUCAACUGUUGUUCAGAUGAUUUUAUGAAGGUGACAUUUUGCAUUGAUGAUGAUGAGGAUGAAGUUGCUCUGGUCAAUGAUGAUCCGUGAGAUGAGGAGGAUAAUGAUGACAAAGAUGUGAUAUUACUAUGAUAAUUAUGUAGUUUUCAUGGUUAGCUUACAUAAACACAAGGUGCGCUCCAUUCAGUUUCUCCUCAGGAAGAGCACAUGAAGAGACUGUCCUGUUUUGGCAAGAAAUACAGAAAAAAGACUUUCUGCUCUGUGAAUUUUAUAGCAUAUGAUGAUUCAGGCUAUGAGGGAUCAUUUAUGGGAUAUGAAAUGUUUGAUUGGGAAACCUGGAGUGGAUCAAGCUAGAAACCCACUCUCAAACUCCACGUUUGAAGUGAGAAAAUGGAAUUUCUCAGUUUCCCAAAGAAUUGAGUGUGUAAAACAAGCACAACCUGUUUUCCUGAAGUGACAGACAUGCAACCUAUAUGGGACUCAUUUAUGAUUUUAACCACUGGUUGUAUAACUUCAUUCUGUUGAAUUAAAUAAGAACUUACUCACU